AUGGCUACGGGAGCGCGUCAUCUGUUUUUUCUUUUGGCUCCGCCAGUCAUUGGUGGCUACGCCGUCCAUCGCGGAAUAAGCAAUCUCGAGUCGCGUUACCCCCGACUCCCUGUUGACGACUCGACGUCCAGUCUCGAGUUCCGCACACCAAGCUCCCCAUCAACACAACACAGUCCUCAUAUCGACAUAUACGCAGCUCGCAUACCACUCAAAGCUCUCCUAGCACGGACUGAUAACCCCAGUGAGAUCACAACCGCAGACAACGCGACCCUUAGCACAACAUGGGCGCGAUCCGUCUUCGGAAGCCGCCUCUUCCGCUUCGAAGGGAGCGUGAUCGGCUUCUUCACAGAGCGCAAAUUCAACCCUGGUGACAUUGGUGGCACACCAGAUGCCUUCAACCCGAUCCCCGUCAUCCCCGGUACCGAUUCCAAUUCCGAACCGAGCGAGCAAGUCACCGAGAUAAAGCGUCCCCUCCUCCACGGCAUCUUCAUCGUCGAACGCCCUCCAUCUCCAGACUCCCCGCAUGGCCUCCUCGGCUCGUGGAAGAUGUCCGAUGAGCCGCGCGAGUUCUUCGAGAAGAUCGCGCGCUGGGGGUAUCCGUGGCGACUUAUGUCCGGUGGUCGGCAUGAGCUGAGUGUGUCCGAACCGUACGAGGUGCCUGGGCUAGAGGGCGAGGGGCCCUUUGUUGAUGUGAGAUUUGCCUCGGCGCAUGAUUAUGAGGUUGUUCCCGAGGAGGGGGGUCUGGACAAGCAAAAGACAAUUCCGGAGUGGUCGGCUAGGAUGCACCGGGGAUAUGCAAUGUUGAUUUUGGACGUGGCUGUGAGGGAGUUGAUGAGGAAAUAA